CUUAGCGCGUCCAAGUUCAGACCACUUCACAUGCUGCAUGCACAUAUCGAAUGCGCGCGAGUUGGAGAGAUGAUGCUCAUGUGAUACAAAUAGGCAUAUUGGUACAUGUAUGUAGGUCACCGGCGUGUUUUCAUCGUGACUUUGAUCUUAUUGUACUUGUUUUCAAGGUGGUUCUGCAUGUAAACAAAUAUCCUUAACGGGCUUAAUCACUAGUCGUUUGCAGUUGACCUUUAGGUUUCUGGAUAACAAUGGGAUUUGACGUAAGAAGACUAGAUGUCUACAGAAAGAUCCCAAAGGACUUGACACAGCCAACAUUAACUGGAGCUGCCGUGUCAAUCUGCAGCAUUCUGUUCAUUGUGUUCUUACUACUGUCCGAGUUCACAUCGUUCAUCAAGCCAGAUGUGGUCAGCGAACUCUACGUUGACAACCCAGGAACUGUGGAACGGCUGGAUGUCCGGCUAAACAUUACCCUUCCGAGACUGUCUUGUUCAGUUCUUGGACUAGAUAUACAAGAUGACAUGGGCCGACAUGAAGUUGGUUAUGUUGACAACACCAAGAAGACGCCCAUAAACAACAUGAAGGGCUGCUUGUUUGAAACAACAUUCACUGUCAAUAAGGUUCCAGGGAAUUUUCACGUGUCGACGCAUGCUGCAGGUAUGAACCAGCCAGCCAAGCCGGAUUUUGCACACUUUAUCGACCAAGUGUCCUUUGGAGAUGAUUUAUCGAAUUCAUCUGUUGGGCGGAGAGCAGCUUUCAACCCACUUUUAAAAAAAGACAGGUUGAAUGCCAAAGCCGAGUCAUCCCAUGAUUAUUACAUCAAGAUCGUCCCGACGGUGUAUGAAGAUCUUUGGGGCAACCAGAACAUUUCUUAUCAGUAUACUUUUGCGUACAAGGAAUAUCAGAGUUUCGGCCAUGGCCACCGGGUUCUACCCGCCAUAUGGUUCCGCUACGACAUCAGCCCAAUCACGGUGAAAUAUCACGAGAAGCGGGCGCCAUUUUAUUCCUUCAUCACAACUAUAUGCGCCAUCGUCGGUGGUACCUUCACCGUUGCCGGCAUAAUCGAUUCCUUAAUAUUCACGGCAGCGGAGGUCUUCCGGAAAGCUGAACUGGGCAAGCUUCACUGACCUGCUGCAGGUGUGCUUCUCAUUCCGUGGAUAGCCACUCUCAAGGCCUCUUGGGAUCAUUUGCAACCUCUCUCAAUCUUACCCAGCCAAUUGUCAAAAAACCCUUCCUUGCAGUAGAGAGUGGACUGACACAAAUUGCCUAAUGAAAAUGCUGUCUGGCAUGUUUUUAUUUGGGGGAAAAGGAGAAAAAAAGCUGGUCGAAUGUUGUUGUUGCUGACUCAACAGUCCUGGACAACAGCUGCAGAUUCAGUCUUGGAUGACCCCAGUGAUUGGCAAAAUGGCACCGAUCCCGGUUUCAAGAGCCUGUACAGACAGUAGUUUUUGGAUCUGGGACCAAAUUUGUGACCAAGUUUUAUCUUGCGAUCAAAACAAAUCAAAGGGGAUUGCAUACGAAGAACACACGCAUGAAUAUUUACUUUUUAUCCCCGAUAAGCGUCAUUACUGCUAAGCCAAAACUUGAACAGGGUAGUUUUGGACUUCUCCCUUUGCUUAAGAAAUUGGGUUCUGUCGGUUCUGAAAUCUUUUAACACUCAAUGCAUAUGAUCCUGACGAGCUUCCAUCAACAGCUGAAACAGUGUAUGGAAUGUUGUCAGACAAGCAUUCCAAGAGAUAAUGGACAGAUUAGCUGGCCUGUACAAAUCCCCUCUGUUUUCUCUACCCUUCUGUAACUUGACUCAGGUUUAGAGGUUUCUUUUCUGUACUGUAAUGACCUAUUGUUUUGCCUUAAGAAUUCUGUAAGAUGCACCGUUUUGGGGGAUCGUAUUCCAAUGCCUUUCAGAUUAACUCCAGACCCUCAUCACAUCAAACCAAGUGACAAAAAAUUCAUCAAAUCACUAAAUAUCAAAUUGUUCAAACAAAUCACCAGUCGCCAAAGUCUUAAGCUCCAACCCCCUCCAAUUCUUCAACCCACCAGUUUGUGAGAUUUUACAGGAUUGAGGAAAGUUGAACCUCGGUCAGUUACCUUACAUGGGACUGCAAGCCCUUCGAAAGUUCAAGCAGAAGUUCAAGGAUCCACUCCAUUAUUUUUUUUCCUAGACUCACUUUUUAUCCAUAUUUGUACUCUCCUUCAAUGUAUGAAAAUGGUUGGAAAUCCUCGUGGAGUUGCAUGUAAUGAAAAGUGCACUUUUUAUACAUUCAAAAUUGCCUAAGCCUUUCUGGACUAGUGAGGGUGCUGUUUCUGUGAUGUAAAUCAGGAAAUACACUCUUCAGUUGAUGUGUUUUCCUGUUUCAGUUUUGAAUCCCAAAGUUGCUCUUUGAAAAAUUUAUGAGAAAACGUUUGCUCCCCGGCUUAUUGCGACCUAAUUCCACAGCAAUCAUUUGCCAAAGAAAUGGAAAUUGAUGACAACAUAAAAAACUUCACGUUCGCGCAAGUGUUUUGCGCACUAAUCAAUGCAACAUUGGCACCCCAGUUUUGCUAUUAAACAAUUACAGAUUAAAAUAGCAAAAUGAAAUUUGAAAUAAGGUUCAUUGAAACCUAAAGGUGCAAUUUCGAGGUUUGUAGUGAAAGCAUUGUAUUAAAUACUCCCGUUAAUACGGACAUUUCACAAUAGUGCGCCUCCAAGAGUUUGCAACGCGUUGGCCAAUCACGAUGCGGGAAAUCUGUCGACCUUGUGCGCGUUUAGAAAGGGGCGACAGAUUAUGGACACUGGUGCCACGCCAUCCUCUCCCCGUUUUUCCCCAAACGUUUACCGAUAGGUUGUGAGCCCAAAGUAACAAAUCGGGAAACGGUAUAUAAGGUGGAUGCUUGUUAGAGUAUUACAUGGCACUUUGGGUUGAAUUUCGGGAUAAGUCGUCAAUGUCUCCAUCAGCAAAGUACGAUUCUUAGUUUGUUAUUAAUGUUUUUCUUACCAACCUUUUACAUUUUGUACUUUCCUGAGACUCGCAAAUACGAGCAGCACAGGUUAUGUAAUAGUGUGCUUCGUUUCUCGCUCGCAACGUUGGACUCGCUGUAUUCAAAUGGAGUUCUGCGUCGACAACUUUUUUUCCGAGGCUUUGGAAGCCAGUGCUCUAAUUCUGAGCUGUGCAUUAGUACCUGAUCGUGCCUGAUCAUCUUCCAUGAUAUUCAACACCUUGUUUUCUGCAAGACAGUAUUAGCUACGUGUUUAUAGUCGCAAUCUGUGGUUAAAGUGGGAUUUAUUUUCGGAAAAAAGUGUCAAAAAGAGAAAAAAGGGUCACAAAAUAGCCUAUAUAUUUGUCGUACUUUAUUUCUGUAGUGUAGUUAGCCACAUUGGUAAAGAGUUUUGUAAAUUCUAAGUUAGAAAAUACAAAAAAGGUUGUCUGGGAAGUCUGA